AACUUAAGGAGAAACGAGACUCAAGUACAGAAUAUUGUGGGUGCCAUUCCGCUGUGGUCCAGGUAAAGACAUGGAGGUGCAGUGUUGGGGGGACAGCUCCAGUGGGCAGUUCGGGCUCAGACAGACCGUGUUUAGUCCCAUGUCCUGGAAUGUUCCCGAAAUUAUUUCUAAAAUCUCGUGUGGAGAGGAGCACACCUUAUUUCUAACGCAAAAUGGGGAUGUUUUAUCCUGCGGACGCAACACGCACGGACAAUUGGGCCGCAAGAUAAGCAAAAAGGGAGAUCCGAUUGAGCGCAUACAGGAGUUGUCUAAGGUGGUGGCAGUGGCGUGUGGGCAGGACCACUGUCUGGUUGCGUGUGCCUCUGGGAUAAUGUUCUCUUGGGGGGCAGGAGAUGAUGGACAGCUGGGGAUCUCACCACAUGAACUGGGCGACAGAUACGAGCCCUGUCCUGUGCCCAUGCCUUUGCCAAUACCAGUGAUACAAGUGGCCUGUGGAAGAUCCCAUUCUUUGGCUUUAACUAAAGGUGGUGAUGUGUUUUCCUGGGGUUUGAACAGCCAUGGUCAGCUGGGUCUGGGGAAGACAGUUCUGCAGUGCUCUCCUCUGUUGGUGUAUUCACUAAAUGGAGUUGCUGUGAGGGUGAUUUCAGCUGGAUCCAACUAUUCAAUGUUCCUCACUCUGCCCGGCCUGGUGUACUGCUGCGGGGCAAAUGACGUGGGGCAACUCGGACUCAACCGGGUGGAUGAGAAAGGGAGAUUCAACAUCUGUGUCGUACCUGCCCUGCGACCUCUUGGUGUGUCUUCUAUAAGUUGUGGAGAAGCACACACUGCAGUUUUAACCAAGAGUGGCCAAGUUUUCACUUUUGGACAUGGUGCUCACGGUCAGCUGGGGCAUAACUCUACAACCAAUGAGCUGAGACCUAAACAGGUGGAAGGUUUGGAUGGCGCCUCGCAGAUCGCCUGUGGAAAACGUCACACUUUGGUUUUGAGCUCCUCUGGUCAGCUUUGGGCAUUUGGCGAUGGGGCCAAAGGUCAGAUCGGAAAUGACCAAUCAGAGAGCAGCCUGAGCCCUGUUGAAGUUCAGCUAACAAGAGAUGGUGUAGAGCCCUCAGACUUGAAAAUAUCAGCUGGUUGGAACACAAAUUUUUCCUACAACUCUCAGAGCCCAAGCGUAAAUUCAAUAAAUGGGCGACUUGAGAAGGCAAAACUGAAAGGAUGGUUAUCAACAUGUCAAAGGAGUGAAGAUAUAGAGAAAGACGUUAUGGAGAUGUUUUUCACAUGUUCAAGUCUUGUUGCAAGCUUUACAAAGGCUGAUGGCUCUGUGAUUGAAGCAGGAAGCCUAACUGUGGAUCUGGAGAGAGCUAGUAAAGCAUUUGAUAAGAUGGUGGCAAUACCCUGGAUCAAAAAUUCAAUGAAGUUUAAGAUGCUGAUCAAUGUUCUCUUGAAUUCAAGACUUGUUCUAAGAUCUCCAGAGGUCAUCUUGCUUGUGCUGACCUGCCCAGUGCUACAGGAGGAUUCAGUUGUCAUGAAUGUGGUGCUGCCAUUGGCCAUCAUGAUAUAUGAUUUACAAGAGAGCACUAGAUCACAACUGAGAAAGUGGUGGUCUUCAGUUUCUCCCUCAAUUCUGAUGAAGCACAUUUUGGCUUUCAAAAAUGCACUCGCUUUUAUGUUGAAAAAUGGCCUUCUGCAGACCCACAACCCUGGGGUCAAGUACCUGCUGAAGGUUCUCCAACUACUCUUCAAGGCAAACAAAUCUGGAAAGCUCUACAAGGUCCCACUCAGCACUUUUUACGUUGAAGAAAUUAUACUUUGCUGUCAUCCAGAGGAAGAUGUGCUUAUUUGGCUUAACUUUCCUGGGCAAAAGGAUGACCCAAAAGCAACACCUGUCAGCUUCUGCAACUACCCUUUUGUGCUUCCUCUUAUCUGCAAGCUUGCCGUCUUCAGAAUGAUUACCACCAGAAUAAAGGAAUUCCACCAAGUUGCAUAUGAACUGUAUGCAUGGUCACCUGAGUGGGGGUCUCGAGAUUGGUCAGACUCUGCUCCUGCCCCGGUCUUUCAGCUGACCCUAAGACGACCUCACCUGGUGGAGGACACCUUCAGACAGCUUGAUGCAGCGGACAAGGACGCCUUCAAAAGAGAACUUGUGGUGCAAUUUGUGGAUAAUAGAACGCCCACCCUUGUGAAUAGAAGGGAUUUUUUUCUCCACAUUUUUGACAAACUGAUGACUCCAGAGUUUGACAUGUUCAUGCACAAUGACAGCAAGACUCUGUUUUGGUUUCCUCCCAAGCCGCAGGUGUCAGAGGCGCAGUACUAUGUGUUUGGUGUUCUGUGUGGGCUGGCGCUCUAUAAUCUGAACAUCAUCGACCUGCCAUUCCCUCUGGUCCUCUUCAAGAAGCUCCUCCGAAUCAAGCCCUCUCUGGAGGACAUGAAGGAGUUUGAGCCUAUCAUGGCCCGGUCAUUUCAGUGCAUCCUGGAGGAGUACACACCUGAUGUGAUUGAAAGUCUGAACUUAACUUUUACCGUAAAUUGGGGAGAUGAAGUAACGGAGCUUGAUCCAAAUGAACCUGGAAAACCUGUCACAAAUUCAAAUAAAAAAGAGUUUGUGGACAGCUUCAUCAACUAUGCUUUCAAAACGUCCGUGACUAAAGUGUAUGAAGCCUUUGAGAGAGGGUUUUUCAAAGUGUGCGAUAUGAAAGUGGUGGACCUGUUUGAGCCUCAGGAGCUGCAGGACGUGAUGUUGGGACAGGAGUCCUGGGACUGGGAUACCUUUAAGCAGAACACAGUCUAUCAAGGAGGGUACCAUGCUGAUCAUCCAACCAUUGUUACGUUUUGGGAAGUUUUUGGAGAACUGACAGAAGAGCAAAAGAAGGGCUUCUUUUUGUUUGUAACAGGUUACAGCCAUGUGCCCUUUAUGGGGAUGAAGAGCAUAAAGAUGACCAUUACUGUGAUGCCAGAAGGUACAGAAUAUCAUAUCCCAGGAGCCCUCACCUGCCACACCCUGCUGCACCUGCCCCUGUACCAGAGAUACCCUGUGGAAAGAACCAUGAAGGCCCGGCUCAUUCAGGCCAUCAAUCACAACAGAGGCUUUUGGAAAGAGUAGUCCACAUCACAAUGCAUAAAUCUGCCUAUUCAUCCAAGCAACCGAUAACAUAUUAUUACUAUUUACUACUGAAGCACUGCCACAUUUGUUGAUCGUCUUUUUACCGCAGUUAGUAAUAAUGUGUAAAAUAUCACUUUUUAUUUAUUUUAAAUGUAUUACUUAACAUGCUCUGUUUGCUGCAUGUGUUAAAAUAACCAAUAUUUGUUUCUUUUGUUCUGUAAAAUUUUAGUUCAGGAUGUAGCAACAUCACAGUGGUUUGAUUGUAACAGUGAUGCUUGAAUGACUUGGGAGCUAUUCUGAAUUUACUGUUGAAGGCUGAAGACAAUGUCUUAUGUGGCAGAUAAAAAUAAUACAAAAAUACACAAAAUGUU